UCUGGAGUCCUGAGAAUGGCGGGUAAUAAUCCCCUCUCGAGGCAAAGGAAGGAUGAUGUGGUGUAAGCGUAGAUCAAACUCGAAACCUGGGUUGAAUCUCAGCCUUUUGUAUAGCAUCAUUGUCGCUUUGUUCUGUGCCUUUCCGUUUAUUACAUAAUAAAAGGCAUGGUCGCUUUCAGGAAAAUGUCUGAGAAACUACGAAGAUGCAGAAAGGAGUUGACUGCAGCCAUAGACCGAGCCUUUGAAGGAGUCAGGCAUUCCCAAGAAUGCACGGGUCCGCAGAGGCUGGACGCUCCGUCGCUAGCCUCUAUGCCGGUGCACAGGCUGCUGUGCAGAAACCCACUGGCAGCCUGCCCCUCUGCUGUCCCCUGCGCUGGUGCUUCAUGUGCUCCCGAGAAUGAGAAUCCUGUCUUUGUGCCACACCAUGUCCCAGUUAAUGCAAAACCCCUACCUUUAUACCCCAAAAGAAAACCUCUGACCAGCAAGGAAAAUGUGUUGAUGCACUCUUCCAUUUUGGCACGGGAAAGACAGUUUUGGAGAGCUGCAGGAGAUGGGGAAAACUGGAGAAAAGAAAGUUUAAGGAAGGAUAUGGAGAGAGACAUAAAAGUUGACUCAAAUAUGCUGCUCAGCAGUUCUAGCCAAGAGGUCACAAAGGAUCUGCUAGAUAUGAUCGACCACACAAGUAUCCGAACUAUUGAAGAACUGGCUGGAAAACUAGAAUUUGAAAAUGAAUUGAACCGUGUAUGUGGACGUUGCCAAGAUUCACCCCUGAAGGAGGAGGCCUGGGCCCUGCUUGUGGACGAGAGCCCUCGGAAGGCUUUGGAUGCUGACCCCAGUAGCCUCAAGCAGGCUUUUGAUGACCAGAAUAUUGUUGAGACUGUUCUGGACUUGGAAGAGGACUACAACUUGAUGACCUCUUUUAAAUACCAAAUAGAGUAGGGAGAGUUGAUUUUUCAGCAGCCACAGUGGCAGAGCCUGAAUUGCUGCAUUAAUACCUGCUGAAUCCCAUUUUGAGCAGAGUCUGGGCAUUAAUAUUCGUUAUUUUGAAAUGUUUGGAGUAUUUUUGACUUGACAUUUUAAAGUGUGUUUCUGAUUGGUGUUCAAUAUAUGCAAUACCCUUGGUA